AUGAAAAUUGUAAACCAAAUUCGAUUGUUGGGAGAAGAGUUAGAAGAGAAAAGAAUUGUGGAGAAAGUUAUUAUGACUCUCCCUGAAAAUUUUGAAGCCAAGAUUUCUUCUCUUGAAGGUACUUGGGACAUGUCACAAAUAUCAUUGAAUGAGCUUUCAAAUGCUCUAUUAGUUGUAGAACAAAGAAAAGCCUAUAGGGAAGAAGAAACCAAUAGAGAGAAGGCUCUUGUAGUAACUCAUAAAACAAAAAUUCAAGAAGGAGAAUCAACAAACACAAGCCAUCAUGCACAAGUCACUGAAAAUUCUGAAAAGUAUGAAGAACAACUAUUUGCUGCAAAUGAAAUCAAAAAAUGUGAUGUCUCAAUUGAAGCUAAAGAGCUAAAGAAGCAUGUUUCCUUGUUGAUAGUGGCCACUAAACCAAACUUGGUGAAUUUCGAUAGCUUGGAUACAAACUAUUCUUCAAAAGUCAGACUCAGAGAUGGUAGGCUUGUUGAUGUCAAAGGCAAAGGAGAUGUGAUUGUACAAACUCCUUCAGGUACAAAGCUUGUUUCUGAUAUUCUCUACGUACCGGAACUAAAUCAAAGCUUGUUUUCGGUUGGUCAAUUGCUGGAUAAGAAUUACAGUUUGCUAUUUAAAGCUAAGACUUGUGAAAUAAGUGAUCCUUCUGGCUCAAAGUUAUUUGCUGUCAAAAUAAAAUAG